CCUCGGCGAGAGGAUGCAAAUCAGAUAUUGGAAGAUCUCGGAGCCGCUGGUUUCCCUACUCGAGACGAGGUUCAUCAAGAAAUUGAAGCCAAGUUACUCCUUCCACCAGACAGGAUACCCGAACACUGGCUUCCAACAUAUCAAAUAACAUGGCAACCCGAGAUUUCUAUACAAUCACUCUUGACCUCCGAACCCUCUCCACCGCCGACCAGUCUUACUUUCCUGCGUGCAGGUCUCGAAGGACGUGUCAUUGGUUAUGCAGAAACGCCAAAUGCACCGGUUUCGACAGCGCUAACAUCGACCUCCAUGGACCGUGCUCCUGCCCCAGUUGCCAACUUUGUCAGGGGAAAAUCCAGUUACUUUCCUUUCAAGCCUGGUGGACUUGACGACGUGAUUCUGGCAGCAACACAAACUACAGCAGUGCCCAUCAAAGGGUUGCGGACUGUCCCACCGGGGUUUUCCAGAGGAUUGCGACUCUCGGGAGACGAUAAGGAAGACGAGAUGCUUACCUCUCUCGAUGAUACUGCCGAUCACAACGAAGACAAGGUAUAUUUGUCAUUCUCGCAUCACAUCGAUGAAAGUCGCAUGUUGGAUGAUGAAAGAGAUCUCUUACCCAAUGGUGAUAGUUUGGGAGAAAUUGAUGAGCUCUUGCCAACAACGCGGACACAUCUACGACCAUCAACGGCUCCCCGACGGACUCGGAAACCCAAUAUGGUCAAGCGCGACUGGGCACAUGUGGUUGAUAUCAACAAGCCUAUGACCAACUUCCAUGAACUUGUGCCGGAUAUGGCUCACAAAUAUCCUUUCGAAUUGGAUACUUUCCAGAAAGAGGCUGUGUAUCACCUCGAAAUGGGAGAUUCAGUCUUUGUUGCAGCGCAUACUUCCGCUGGGAAAACUGUCGUUGCCGAAUAUGCCAUUGCUCUCGCUGAGAAGCAUUUGACACGCGCCAUAUACACGUCGCCAAUCAAAGCGCUGUCAAACCAGAAGUUUCGGGACUUCAAACAAACUUUUUCGUCAUCAUCUGUCGGAAUACUCACAGGGGAUGUGCAGAUCAAUCCUGAGGCGAGCUGUCUGGUGAUGACGACUGAAAUCCUGCGAAGCAUGCUGUAUAAAGGCGCCGAUCUGAUUCGCGAUGUCGAAUUUGUGAUUUUUGACGAGGUGCAUUACGUGAAUGAUGCAGAGAGAGGUGUCGUCUGGGAAGAAGUGAUCAUCAUGUUACCUGAUCACGUCAACAUUAUCUUGCUAUCAGCAACUGUUCCCAACAGUAAAGAGUUUGCAGACUGGGUAGGGCGAACCAAGAAGAAGGACAUCUAUGUAAUAUCCACGGCGCAAAGACCUGUGCCCCUUGAACAUUAUCUCUACGCUGGCAGGGACACAUUCAAGAUCGUCGAUGCUUCUAGGAAUUGGGUUGCACGGGGGUACCAGGAUGCUAGCGAUGCUCUCAGAAGGAAACAGGACAAGGAACGAGAAGCUGCAGGUCUACCUCCUGUACAGCGUGUCGGUGCUCGAGGCGCUGCAAGAGGUGUGCAGCGUGGCGCAGCACCAGCACGCGGUGGUCAACGCGGCGCAGCCCCGAGUGGGUUCGCACCCCGUGGGCGUGGCGGCGGACAGUCUCGGACCAUUCACGCUGGGGCAGAUAAGAAUCUCUAUGUGCACCUACUAAAUCAUCUUCAGAAAAAGGGGCUUCUUCCUGUCGUUGUGUUUACUUUGUCAAAGAAGCGUUGCCAAGAAAAUGCUGCCACUCUUACCAAUUCAGACUUGUGCACGUCUGUGGAGAAGAGUGAAGUACAUGUGGCCGUCGAAAAGGCCCUUGCACGACUAAAGGGAUCGGACAAGAAGCUUCCGCAGAUCGCUAGUAUGAGAGAUCUACUAUCACGAGGAAUCGGCGUUCAUCAUGGUGGUUUGUUACCCAUCGUCAAAGAGGUUGUAGAGAUAUUGUUUGCACGUGGACUUGUCAAGGUUUUGUUUGCUACAGAAACCUUUGCAAUGGGCGUUAAUAUGCCCGCAAGAUGCGUUGUGUUCUCUAGCAUACGGAAGCAUGAUGGGCGCAGCUUCAGGGACAUCCUGCCUGGCGAAUAUACCCAAAUGGCAGGUCGUGCUGGACGGCGAGGUCUGGACCCUAUUGGAACGGUGAUCAUUGUUGCCGGCGACAGUCUUCCUGAGGCAAGUUCACUGCCGCAAACAUCUCUCUUGAAGAUGAUGCUCGGCACACCCGGAAAAUUGCAGUCACAGUUCAGGCUCACCUAUAAUAUGAUACUAAACUUGCUUCGUGUGGAGGCACUACGCGUCGAAGAGAUGAUAAAACGCAGUUUUUCUGAAAAUUCUUCGCAGAGACUGCUUCCCGAACAUCAAAAGCAAGUUGCAGAGCAUGAGAAGACACUUUCCAAGAUGCCUAAACUGGAAUGUGAUAUUUGCUCGCUUGACAUCGAGCGCUAUUACGAUCUUUCCUUGGAGGUCGUUGGUUUGAAUAAUAAUCUUUGCACUAUGGUGACAUCCAGUCCUUCAAAUGCCAACCUGUUUGGUCCAGGGAGGGUUGUCAUCUUAAGAGACGGCCAUUUUAGGCGAGGCAACGUCGGCGUUUUGCUUAAACCAGAUCCACGGCAAGCGAGUUCAUUUGCGGGCAAGCUAUUUUUUGUGCUGGCUAUGGUCGACCAGGAAACGAAAUUAGGUGACGCAGAUGUCGAAGAUCGAGCUCUGCCACCGAGAUGGCCACUGGAUCCCACUUCAUUAGAAGUAGAGAAUCUUACAUACGACCUAAGAAGCGUCCCUCUCGACAGCAUUUCUAUGGUGACUUCCGAGACUAUGAAGGUGGAUGCAACUGGAAUCGUCGAUCACCAUAGGAAAUCUUUGAUGCUUGAGAUCAUCAACUCUCUGCAAUUUUUUGUCCAUAAAUGGAGGGCUACUGGAACCAUACCGGAGGUUAAUUGGGACCGCAUACGAACACUAGAUUUCCAGGAGGCAUUGCGCAGCAGAAACGAUCUCGCUAAACGUCGCCAAGAUUUCUCGUGUACACUGUGCGGCGAGUUUCUUGAUCAUUAUCUCAUUCUCCAUGGUCAGAAGACGCUGCGCACUAACAUCGACAAACUUAAAAUGGCAAUUUCUGACCAGAACCUCGACCUUAUCCCGGAUUAUGAACAACGAAUUGAAGUUCUGAAGGAGUUGAAGUUCAUCGACGACAAUUCGACUGUUCAGCUGAAGGGUCGUGUGGCGUGCGAGAUCAACUCUGCAAACGAGCUUGUCCUCACUGAGCUUAUACUUGAGAAUACUCUGGCAAGCUAUGAGCCGGAAGAAGUGGUUGCUCUUCUGUCUUGCUUCGUCUUUCAAGAAAAGACAGAGGUAGAACCUGUUAUACCGACCAAACUGGAGGAAGGCAGAGAUGCGAUUCUUGCGAUCAGUCGGGGAGUGGAAUGUGUGCAAGACCGCCACAAAGUUUCGGCAGAGGAGUUCAAGACUAGCUUAAAAUUCGGUCUCAUGGAAGUAGUAUACGAAUGGGCAAAGGGCAUGCCCUUUGACCAGAUAACGGCGUUGACCGACGUUCAAGAGGGUACGAUAGUGAGAGUUAUAACGCGAUUAGAUGAGACGUGUAGGGAAGUCAGGGAUGCAGCACGGGUGAUCGGAGAUAUGGACUUGUUCAAGAAACUGGAAGAGGCUCAAGUGAAAAUCAAGAGGGACAUCGUCUUUGCAGCUAGCUUGUACUUUUAA